GUUUGUUAGUUGAGAUAAUAUCGGAAACGAAUUACAAUCCUCUCGUAACUCGUCUAUAUUCACUCGUCAAAUCCCAGCCUUUCCCAGCAGUAGCGUCCAAGUUCCAAUCCCAAUUGCGUGCGCAGCGAUGGCGGCUGGGGAGCCGCCGCAGCAGGGCCGGAGGUACUGGCGGUGGAGCAAGGCCGAUUUUUUCCCGGAGCCGUCGUUCCAGAGCUGGCGCGCGUACGGCGGCGCGCUCGCGGCCACCGCUCCGCGCCUGCGCGACCGCGUGGCCGCCCGAUCGUCCGAGGCCGUAGAGGCGGGGACGCUGCUCGCGGAGAGCGAGAACCCGCUGCGCCGCUGCCUCUCCUGGGUCGACCUCGCCUUCCUCGGCUUCGGCUCCGUCGUCGGCUCCGGCGUCUUCGUGCUCACCGGCCAGGAGGCGCGCUUCGACGCCGGCCCCGCCAUCCCGCUCGCCUACGCCGCCGCGGGCUUCUCCGCUCUGCUCUCGUCCUUCUGCUACGCGGAGCUCGCCACCGAGAUCCCAUCUGCCGGGGGGUCCUUCUCGUACCUGCGGGUCGAGCUCGGCGACAUGGCGGCGUUCCUCGCCGCCGGGAACAUACUGCUUGAGGCCGUCGUGGGGGCGGCCGGCCUCGGGCGCUCCUGGACGUCCUACCUCGCCGCGCUCUUCGGGCUCGACACCGACGCGCUCCGCAUCCACGUCCCGGCGCUCGCUGAAGGCUUCAAUCUGCUCGAUCCCAUCGCCGUCGUCGUCCUCAUCUGCACCUCCGCCCUGGCCAUGUCCGGCGCGCGCCUCACCUCCACCAUCAACUCGCUGGCGUCCGUGAUCGGCAUCGUCAUAAUCGCCUUCGUCAUCGGCGCGGGCUUCUCGCACUUCCACUCCAGCAACCUCGUCGAGCCGACCUUCUUCCCCUUCGGGGCCGCCGGCGUGUUCCGCGCGGCGGCGGUGGUGUACUGGUCCUACACGGGCUUCGACAUGGUGGCCACCAUGGCGGAGGAGACCAAGAACCCCGGCCGGGACGUGCCGCUCGGCCUCCUGUCGUCCAUGUCGGCCAUCACCGUGGUGUACUGCGCCAUGUCCCUGGCGCUGGUCGGCAUGCAGCGGUACAGCGAGAUCGACCCCAACGCCGCCUACUCGGUGGCGUUCGCCGCGACCGGGCUCAAGUGGGCGCGCUACGUCGUGGCGCUCGGCGCGCUCAAGGGCAUGACGAGCGGCCUCCUGGUGGGCGCGCUGGGGCAGGCGCGCUACACCACGCAGAUCGCUCGUACGCACAUGAUCCCGCCAUACUUCGCGCUCGUGCACCCCAGGACCGGCACGCCCGUGUACGCCACCAUGGCCGUCACGCUCGGCGCCGCCUGCGUCGCGCUCUUCUCCAGCCUGGACGUGCUCGCCUCCGUCUCCUCCAUCAGCACGCUCUUCAUCUUCGCGCUGGUCGCCGUCGCGCUGCUCGUCCGCCGCUACUACGUCGCCGGGAGGACCCCGGCCAAGCAGCUGCGCACCUUCCUCGCCUUCCUGGCGCUGGUGGUCCUGUCGUCCAUCGGCCUCUCGGCGUACUACAACUCGCGCUACGCCAGGCGGUGGCCGGGGUACGCGGUGUUCGGCGUGGGGUGGGCGGCCGGCGCGGCGGGGCUGGCGCUGGCAGCGAAGCAGCAGCGGCAGCCCAAGGUGUACGGCGUGCCGCUCAUGCCGUGGCUGCCGGCCAUGUCCGUGGCCACCAACCUGUUCCUGAUGGGCUCGCUCGGGUCCAUGGCCUACCUGCGCUUCGGCAUCUGCACGGUGGCAAUGCUCGUGUACUACGUGUUCUUCGGCGUGCACGCGACGUACGACGUGGCGCACUCUGCGACGGCGGCCGACGUCGUGGCCGAGAAUGUCGAGCAGGGGAAGAUUGUGCCAGGGUCCACGCUGCCGGCAUGAGACAGUGAGAGUGGUUUCUAGUUGGAGGAAGUCAUAUUGCCAUGUCGGUCUGUGAACUUUUAGGCUACAUUUGGUGGCUGGUUACUCGAAUUGGUAGCAUAGUUAGUUGGGACAAAGAUUCCGGAUUCAGAUUUUUUUUUUUACUCCAUGAGCAGAGCUAGUUCCAUAGCUAGUACAGUACUCUCUUCGUCCAAAAUAAGUGUUAUUGAUUUAGUACAACUUUGGGGGACAGAGAAUAUAUAAUUUAUCUUGUUUUCUGUACAAGCUAAAACAGUUUUUAUUCAA